AUGGUAAAAUGGGCAGCGACAGCAGCAGGUGUUUUGACUGCAUCAGCUUUAAUGUAUAGUUUUCAACAUAAAAUUGAAAGUAAUACAUUUUUAUUACAUACAAAACUGUUAUAUGCAAAAAAUCAACUUGAAACUUCUUUACCAAAAAAUUUAAGUAGCAUCAAAAAUGAUAAUAAUAAUAAUGUUGGUGUCAGUGAAUUGGAUCAAAAAAAACCUUACUAUUAUAAUCAUGAGUUUAUUCCAAAAAUUAAAUCAUCAUGGAAUCAAAAUAUUAUAAGUUUAGUCAAUAAUGUUAAUAAAUUUGAUAUCAACGAGUCUA